AUGAACUUCAACGACAUAGUUAACAAAGGUAAAGAUUUAGUUGGUUCCAAGGGUGCUCAAGAAGCUUACAAGGAAUUCAGCAGCACUGACGGUUCUUACACCGACAAGGCUAAGGCUGCUUACAGUGGUUACCAAAAGGGUGAAAAGUCUGGUUCUGAAGAAAAGUCUGACUCCAAGCAAGAAACUACUGAAGAAAAGAAAUAA